AUGUCAUCGACACCUUGGAAACCAAUAUUAAAAUCUUUAAUAUCAGAGAAUAUUAAAAUUUUGAAAAGUACUAUACCGAUACUACCAAUGCAGUUUUCAACAUUUGAUGCAUCAACAUGUAGACCAACAAAUCGUACAGUGAUGUUUCGUGGAUUUUUAGGUGAAAAAAAUAAUGGAAUUCAUAAAAAUGAAUUAGUAGAAUAUUUAAAUUCCAUGUCAUCUGAAAUUAGUUUAAAAGGAAUAAAUCCAGAAAUCGAGACAGAUUUAUUAGUAAUAACAACAGAUAUUAGAACGCCUAAAGUAAAACAUUUGCUAGAGAAUCCUGGGUUUGAAGUUUGUUGGUUAUCAGGAAAUGCAUAUGUAUUACCACCACCAACAAAUCCAAUUCUUGCUCAUUUUCCAUCAAAUUUGUUGCAUCCUUAUUCUUUUUCUGUCAAUUUAACAUCUCUAAUUGAUCAAUUCGAUUGGGAACAAGAACGAAAAAGAUAUUGGUACGAAACUUCUUCUGAUCUGCGUGCUAGAUUUUUAAUGCCCCCAUCAGCACAAGAAAUAAAUGAAGGUGAAAUCCAAAAAGUAGUACGAGAACUUGACUCAAUAGGUAAAAAUAUGGAUGAAAUAUUGUUGGUUAAUAAAGCAUUAGAAAAUUUUGGAUUAAUUGUGAUGAAAGUUGAUUAUGUUGAUCAUCUUGAAUUAAAGCUUACACAUAAUAGAACUAUUUGGAAACUUCAGAAAAGCGUUGAUUUAAACAAAGAAGAAUGGGUCAAAAAGGAUGUUGUUCCUUGA